AUGCGCACGACGUCUCUCACGCUCGCUGCCGCCGGCCUCACGGCGUUGAGCCAGCAUGUUGUCGCUGCUCCGCAGGUCCGCGCAGAGCAAGACGUGAUCAAGCCCGUUGAGAGAGUUCAGCUUGGCCCUCGCCCAUACUUCCUCAUCAAUAAUCUUACCGAAGGCGCCCUCAAGGACAAGCUGGAGUCUUGCUCGGAGCUUGAGAUGAAGCCAUCCGCGUUCUCAAUUGGCCAUCGUGGUGGCGGCACGAUGAUGAUCCCUGAGGAAACAAAGGAGUCAAUGCUGGCUGGUGCCCGAAUGGGCAUCGGUAUCAACGAGUGUGAUGUCACCUUCACAUCUGACAAGCAGCUCGUGUGCCGCCACGAUCAGUGCGACUUGCACACAACGACCAACAUCGUCGCUAUUCCGGAGCUGAACGCCAAGUGCACCACGCCGUUCCAGCCCGCCGCUGAUGGCAAGGCUGCCACUGCGAAGUGCUGCACAAGCGACAUCACGCUUGCCGAGUUCAAGUCGCUCUGCGGCAAGAUGGACGGUGCCAACACGGCCGCUACUACCCCCGAGGAGUACCUAGACGGAACACCAAACUAUCGUACCGACCUGUACGCCACCUGCGGCACUGUCAUGACGCACAAGGAGUACAUCACGCUUACGGACUCACUGGGGUUGCAGUUCACUCCUGAACUGAAGACACCUCAGGUUCCUAUGCCUUUCGGUUCGCCCGACUAUACGCAGGAGGUCUUUGCGCAGCAGAUGAUUGAUGAAUACAAAGAGAUGGGUAUCAGCUUGAAACGCGUCUGGCCGCAGAGCUUCCUCUACGACGACAUACUGUACUGGAUCAAGGCCGAACCGUCAAUUGCCAAGCAGGUGCUCUUCCUUGACGAGAGCGGCGACACGCCAGAAACUUUCGUGCAAGCUGUCGCCAAUCUGAGCACCUAUGCUGCUGCAGGUGUACACAUCAUGGCACCCCCGCUGCCAUAUCUCGUUACAGUCGACGAGAACAAUGAGAUCGUACCGAGUCCGUACGCUAUCGAGGCCAAGAGACUUGGGUUGAAAUUGGUGACUUGGAGCUUGGAGCGCAGUGGCUUCCUAGGCGACGGUUCGCACGGUGGGUACUACUAUACCAGCAUCGCGAACGCGACAAACAGCGAUGGCGACGUGUAUAGACUGGUCGAUGUAUUGGCGCGCGAAGUCGGUGUCCUUGCUAUCUUUUCGGACUGGGCGGCGACGGUAACGUUUUACGCGAACUGUUUCGGUCUAUUCCCUCGAUACAGUGACUGGACUUGUUAG